GAAAUCGCAAUUGGAGUCCGUCUUCGAUCGUUGUGGGGUCCGGAGUACUUUGCCAUCCCAUCCACGAAAUACUGUGAUGCACUCGAUUUCCAGAGUUGCACCAACACCAACACCAUCACCACACGACACUCUCGCGCUGUUCUCUGUCUCCCAACAUCUCCAGUCUCUCGUUCGAUGUACUCCCGCCUCUCCCAACUAGCAAGACACUUCUCUCGCCCUUUACCCAACUUCGCCCACCGCUCAGCUGCCGCGUACCCUGCGAAUCUGUCCUCCAGAAUGACAUCAUCAUCCAAUGGCGAAGCCAUGUCUGUACCUCGGAAGAGAAUGAUACACACGGCUGGCUGCAUAAUCAUAGGCGAUGAGGUGCUGGGCGGAAAGGCAGGUUUUCGUCCGAACCGCGCCCACAGCGCACAAGACGUGGAUCGCUGACAGAAGUGCGGCGCGCAGACAGUCGACACGAACAGCGCGUACUUUGCGAAAUUCUGUUUCUCCUUGGGCAUACAAUUGAAGAGAAUCGAAGUUAUUGCCGACGAUGAAGAAGAGAUUAUAGAAGCAGCGCGGAGGAUGUCCAAGAACUACGAUCUUGUGGUAACGAGUGGUGGCAUUGGGCCUACACACGACGAUAUCACCUACCAGUCAAUAGCGAAGGCGUUUAAUCUGCCUCUUGAAUUACACGAGACGACCGUCGCGAAAAUGCAGAAAUUCUCAAGACCGCACAAAUCACAACCCAACUUCGAUUGGAAUACUCCCUCACCAGCGCUGACAGCCAAAUUAAGAAUGGCACAGCUGCCCACCCACCCCGACAUCCCAGACGAAGAGCAAGUGCUCUAUGUCAAGGAAGAUCUCUGGGUCCCAAUCUCGGUGGUUAACGGAAACAUCCACAUCCUGCCUGGAGUACCAAGGCUAUUUGAAGCACUGCUGGAAGGCAUAAAGCCUCGAAUACUGCCUCUGUUGAAGGACCCAGAAGGUAGAGGCACAUAUCGCAUGCUGUUCAGUACGCCAUUGGCAGAAAGUGCAGUGGCCGAAUACCUCACCAGCCUUGCGGCCAAGGUGGAGCCGAGGGGAGUCAAGGUAGGAAGCUAUCCUCGAUGGGGGAAGAAGAGAAAUGUCGUGACGUUGGUCGGGACUGAUAGAGACUAUAUGGACUCGCUGGAGCGCGAAGUCGCUGAAGGUGUUCAGGGCAAAAGGGUGCAGAUGGAAGGCGAGGAUGAUACCGAUGACGAGACUGAUGUCAAGAAGGAUAAGGAUGCUUGAAUGCAGUAGUGUCAAUCAUCCCAUGGGUUUCCUUCUGCUUGCAGCAUUCCCAGAGCGCUCGAUUUGGCUGUUGCAUGCGGUGGUGGCGGCAACCUCCCACGUCCCUGCGCCAGCAUCUGAACUGACCUUCAGGAUCACUGGGUCCCGAAGCGCAAUUGUGCAGAGGUAGUGCGAGAUUGCCCCCUGACUUGGAUGGAAUACGAUGAAUUAGAUGCGCCACAUCGUAACACGUGCUCAGAAGCCUCGAGAUGAAUGAAACGUGGC